AUGAUCAUGUACCAUGAAAUAGAGUUUAAUAUACAUUAAUAGAUAUGUAGAAUGUGUUUAGAAAUUUUAAAACAACACUAAUGAUCAUAUGCUUGAGUAUAUAGAACAUUUAUCAAAAAACUCAAUAUUUUCAUAGGGGUUAAAACAUAAAUUUUGAGAAAAACUAAAAAAUAUGAUAAUAUUGUUUUAUAGCAUGGUUGCAUCAUGCACUAACAUAUGAUGAAGUUUAAAGAUGUUUGAAACCUUUCUUGUCUCUGUUUUUUUAGUGAAUAGCGAUUUUAUAGUGGUUCAUCCACCAAUUUAGGGAGUUUUAUGAAUUUAUACUAAAUUUAUUUCUAAAAAAUUUUAAAAAAAUUUCAUGUACCAUGAAAGACAGUUUAAUAUAUAUUAAUAUAAAUGUAGUAUAUAUUUAGAAAUUUUAAAACAACAUUAAAGCAUUUACCGAAAAACUCAAUAUUUUCGUAGAGAUCUUAGUCGUGGUCAAUCGUUGUACUUGACAGUUAAAACUAAGAAAACUAAUCACAUUAUAAAAUCUAAAUAGUUAAUUUUCUACCUAACAUUGCUAUUUAUUUAUUUAUUGAUAUAUUUCCGGCACCUAAUUCUCUAUUUUAAUAAUCAGAACGAUCCAGAUUUUUUAAAGAAUAUUAUUAGGUGCUACACGAGAAUAGUUAAAUAAUCAAUGUCAUAAGAUUUACAAACUGAUUAUAAUUAAUCACGUUUUAUCCUGUAGUCUUCUCUAGUACAGUCCCUUGUUGUUACUUGACUUGCCCACCACUUGUUCGUCAAUAUUCCCCUACACAGCCGUCUUAUCAAAACCACACCUUUAACUCACUAAAAACGUUUCUUUGGAGGAACCCAAGUCAAAUUUUUCUUGAUCAUGGAACGUUGGUCUAGCGUCUUGAAGAUUCCCUUGAUUGCUACUUCUAGUAACUACUACAGAGUUGCAGCUUCUCUCUGCCUCUCUGAAGUGCCUUCUGCAAACGCUAUAUUCUUCCAUGGAGACAGAGUUCGAGACACUGGGAACCCUGUGAUAGAGAGGCUUUAUGAUUUGCAGAAAGUUGCUGAGGUUAUAGUUUCUAAAUUUGGAAACUCUGUUAACGCUUGGGUUGUUGAAGCUUCUGUCUUUAACGGACCCUUUGCUGUCUACAAGGACUUUGUUCCUUUAGUGAACCGGUACGGAGAGCCAACAGCAUCUUAUUCUCCUAUUGGCUUCCCAGCUUCUUCAUCCAUAGUCUCUCUUUUGUCCAGUUUCCUUCAGGAGGCAGAGAGUCGUGUUUUGAAGGAAGGUAAAGAUGUGUAUUGGAGAAGCUCGCUUGCGGACAGUCCCAGAACGAUUCUUCUUGGGUUUAGCAAGGGUGGAGUUGUGAUGAACCAGAUUCUGAGUGAGAUGAGUUCCUUGGAGACAAACUCAGCGGACGAGCACGAAGAGAUUGGGAUGGUUCCAGCCUCCAAAGAAAGUUUCCUCAAAAGCAUUUCUGAAGUUCAUUACAUAGAUGUAGGGCUGAACUCCUCUGGCGCCUACAUCACUGAUCAGAACGUCGUCCAGAGAAUCUCCCAACGCCUUACAGGAGGAGGAAGCUCGGUGAGUGUUUUCGUUCACGGGACUCCCAGGCAGUGGCGUGACGAGCAGCGUGGCUGGAUUGUAAAGGAGAAAGAUGAGCUGGUUCGGUUGCUGAAGUCUGAAGGUGAGAACUCUGGUGGGAAGCUACAAGUCCAUGAAAGGUUCUAUUUUGCUGACAGAGUUCCUGACCUGCAAAUGCACUUUGAGAUCAUUGAUGUUAUGGAUGUGUCGUCAGCAUGAUGAUGUCACUGUCUCAACGUAAUAUUGUUAGUACUUUCAAACUUUUAAUGAAUAACCGUUGCGGUGCUAGAUGAUGCAAUAAAGAGAACAGUAAAGAUGGUUUACUCAAAACGAGAUAAAGAGUAACACAAGUCUCAUAUGUCACACACGGCCUAGCUUUGCUUGGGCUUUGGCUUAGUUCUGUGUAUUUGAGAUAAUAGAAGGAACUCUUUUAAGUAAA